UACAGUACGCAUGCGCAGUGUAAAACAGCCGCAUGUGGAUGUUUUUAGCUGAAAAAACGUGUGCUCACAUUCACCGGCUACAAGAAGCUACAUCUGCUUGUAAGCUUUGGGUGCUGCGACACGAACCAUGGCAAAGACAGACGCUAAAGCACGCAAAAGACGAAGCAAAGCUGUCGCAGAUGAAGUUGUAGAAGAAGAGGACAGCGCUAAAACUGAAGGACAGACAGAGACCGUCUCUCCAAGACAAGAACAAGUUGGGACAGAAGAGGAUGCUCCCAAGGAGGACCAAGAUGAAGAUGAUUCUCAGAUGGACACUGUCAUCGAAGUUAAAGGAAAUGUGUCCACUGUGACUGUAUCCUGGGACCAGAAGACGGCAAAGAAAACCAACGGAAGUGAUCAGAUGAUGGAUAGUGCUGAUGCAGUUGGCUCCACAGAAGACGCUCCCAAUGAGAGUGCGGAGAGAGAGAUGAAGCAAGAGAUCCAGGAAUCUGGAGAAUCUCAGAUGGACGUUGUCGCUGAAAGUACGGACAGAGUAACUGAAAGCCUGGAAAAGGAGAAUGAGGAGGGAGAGAACAAUGAUCUUGAAAAGGAAACCAACGGAGGUGAAGAGAUGAUUGUUGAAAAGAAAGCAGCAAAAAGGAAACUGAAGGCACGCUCUACUGCUGAGACCUCCGCAUCAAAGAAAACUAAGGUCAUCAGUGAAGUUGCAGUAAAAGGGAAACAGAAGAAACACUCGACUGCUGAGACCUCCCCAUCCAAGAAAACCAAGCCCGUCAAUAAAGUUGCAGUAAAAGGGAAACAGAAGCAACAUGCUGCUGUUGAGACCCCCCAACCAGAGAACAAGAAAUGUAUCAAUACAGGUUUUUGUCUUUUUGUUGGCAACUUGGAUAAAUCCAAAAAACGUGCAGAAGUCGAAGAUUCGUUAGCAAAGUACCUCAUGACACAAAGUGUCCUGGUCAAUGGCAUCAGAGUAGAUCAGUCCAGAAAAUUUGCAUAUGUAGAUUUGGCCUCAGAGAUGGACUUGACCAAAGUCUUGAAGUGUAAUGGAGAAAUGCUGGAUGGCAAGCCAAUGGAGAUCGCCAGAGCAAGGGUCGUAACUAAGGAGAUUGUGAAAGCUUCAGUUGAGGACCAAAAGGAAGCCAAAGAUGGAAAAUGUUUGUUUGUGAAGAACAUCCCGUACUUGGCAACAAAAGACGACAUUCUCAAUAUCUUCCGCAAGGCCAUCAACGUGAGGUUUCUUGGUGGAACCGAGAGGCCAGAGAAAGGUGUUGCCUUUGUGGAGUUUCAGAAUAAAACUAUUGCUAGGAGACUAUGGCAGCGAAAACAAGGAGUCCAGCUCCAAGGCAGAAUUUUGACUGUGGACCGUAUUGGAGCAACAGUCACUAAAGCUGCAGCUCCUCCAAAUAAAUCCUUAUUUGUGCAUAAUUUGCCUCCUGAUGUGAAAAAGAAAACCCUCAAUAAACUCUUUCAGAAUGCCACAAAUAUCAGCUUACCUAAGCACGAGGGCAAGGCAAGGGGGUUUGCAUUUGUCACGUUUGCAAAUUUGGCAGAGGCUAGAAAGGCCUUGGAGUCGACCCAAAACGUAAAGAUGGGCAAAAAGCUGAUCAGAGUACAGUUCGCUGCAAUGAAAGCAAAAGCAGAGACACAAAAAGUCAAGACAACACUGAUUGUGAUGGGCCUUUCUGACAAGACAACCGCAGAGACUCUUAAAAGUGUUUUUGAAGGCACUGUGAGUGCAAGAAUCAGUGUAGAUAGAGACACAGGAGUUUCAAAAAGGUACGGUUUUGUGGACUUUGAUAGUGAAGACGCUUGCAAAGCUGUCAAAGAAGCCAUGGAGGACUGUGAGAUAGACGGCAGCAAAGUGACUGUGACUUACGCAAAAAUGCCUGGCGCAAACCGUACAAGACGCCCCAGCAAGCCACGUCGUGGACCGAUCUUAGGUCUGGCGGGUGACAAAGGUGGGCGGAAAAGCACAGGCAAAGGUGGACACGGCAGAGGAGAUAAAGGACUUGCAGCUCGCAUGCCAAAGAAAGCUGUUAAAAUGCUGGGAAAUAACAAGUCCUCCACCCCCGAAUGUCCUCCGUUCAUUCCUCUGUAAAUGAACCACAGGAAUGUUUCCUAAAUGAUCACAGCUACCAGUGGAUGACAGAGUAGCUCGCGUGACAGUUAAUGGUUGCAGUUUAAAACCUGUGGGUGACGUUAUGAAGCGGUUGCAGUUGCACCAAAGCUGCGUGGUUAGGUUUCGAGGAAACAUCGUGGUUUGCCUUAAAAUAAGUUUGUGACAUAUAUCGAAUGACAUACGUUUACUGUUGUUAAAAUAACCCUAUGUUGACUUUUGGUUUCACACGGGACAUGAAGACCAGUCUCCUGGAUGAAAGUCAAGUGCUUGUUGGACUCAUCACGGGGAUGAAAAUGAUGUAAUUGUAUGGCUCCUGUAGACUUCAUCAGACCUAAUGGAUCAAAUUGUGAUAGUGAAAUGAGUCAUUUUGGUGGCGUUGUGACGCUCAAAAAACUGUUUAUCGUUUUCAGAGGUCUCUUCCCCCAUGUUACUCUAUGGGAAAAAGGGUAUGGGAAAUUUUUUUUUUUUUUUUUUUUAAGUGUCACAACCACAACCCUUGCAAAUUUGAACCGUUACACUAUCAGGGUUUGAUUCAUUCUGUGUAUGUUGUUUACCCCAGACGUCAGAGUAAUUUAAAUUGAACUUUUUGCCUUCAUGUGGCACUAAGGUACUUUCAUAGAAAUGAACAGGGCUCCUCCUCUAGCACUAUGUCCAAUGCUUCAUUUGCUGACCUCCUCCUUUGCUCCUUUAUUAAUUAUAAUGGCCACUAGAGGUAGCCGCCUAACAAAAAAUUAAAUAGGGAUAGUAGUUUAUGCUUGUGAAAAUCAUGGAUGUAUAAAGAGAACUGGAUACAGCAUUGGUGAUAGGGCCCAGUUCAUUCCUAUGAAAGUCACUCAGUGGCACAUUGGUUCUGCAAUCUGCUGACUGAGCCUGCGACCUCCAGUUUACUGCUCCAUUAGUGUGAUUGGGGAUAAGAUAAUUCAAUUGUGUGGCUCUGUAUCCACUAAUGUAAACUAAAUUAGUAUCCACUAACUCACAGACAUCUCUUUCCCCAUGUAAGUCAAAGGGGAAAAAGUCUUUUUGGGCCACAUGGCAACACGUGACGGACCCAGAAGUUGUCAUUCCACUGUUUGGCCACUAUGAAUAUUGGCUCCUAGGCGCUCAGUAGCUCAGUGGGUAGAGCGGGCACCCCAUGCACCAAGGCAGCAUCCUUGCUGCAGCAGCUUCGGGUUUAAUUUCAGUAUGCAGUCCUUGCUGCAUGUCACCCCCCCUCUCUCUCUCCCCUUCAUGCCUCAAACUGUUCUGUCCUUAAAGGCAAAAAAAAGCCCAAAAAAUAAUCUUUAACAACAUAAUAGAAAAAGAAAAAUGGCUUCAAACCCCUGAAUACCUGGUGAAGUCUCACUUGGUGUGUGCAAGUGUGUGAAAUGUGUAUAGUGCUGUUUGUAGGACAGGAGACACCUUGUAAUUUAAUCUGUUCUAUUUUGUACUUUAAAUCAAUAAUUUCAUGAUUGUUAUUAAAACACACGAAAGAACACUGACUUGUUGGUUAAAUUUAUUCCUGAUAUGAAAAUAAAAAUACCUUAAAACCACA